GCAAGUGAUGUUUAUUAAACAGCUUCCAGGAAUAGUGGAGUUUUAUGAAAACCUGGGAGCUUUUCAUCAUCCACUGCUGCUCUUCAGAAGUAAAUUGCAGCUGAAGCAACUGAAGAAAUAGUUUGUAUUGAAUUAUUCCUGUUGAGAUAGAAAAGGAGAUUACCUGCUCUAACUUAAAAAAAAGUGAAAAGUUGCACAGAAGGAUCUGUGAUGCCAAAACACUGAUACCAAAAAUAACUGGCUCAGUGUAAAAUGGCUCAAGUUUCUUAUUAAAAUGCUACUGCUGCACACAGGAGGAAAAAAGCAGUAAAUCCCUGCUUAGGGCACCUCAUGAAUGGAUGGAUAGAAGAUACGGUGUUGAAUGAAGGACUUUUAACACGAAUGCAGAAGAUAUAUUUCAGAGAAUUGUAAUUCCUGAGGAGAAAUGGUAUCCAGAUUUUCAUUGAAGAGAAAGUUAAGGAUGAAACCAGUGGUUGCUUGUUGUUUCUUUGCUGCCCUAUCCAUGGCAGCAAUAAACAUUUUCCCUUCAUUUCAUUUCGAUGACAGCGUAUCUGGGCUUGAUUAUCAAGCAUCCAGCCAGUUAUAUGGAAAAUUGACUCAGAAAAGACUGUUGAGAAACACUGGCUCCAUCCCCAAGCAAACAAAUAGCUUCUACAGACAUGACAAACUACUGCCAAUGGAAAAAAGGCAACUAAAAAGAUGGCAGUCCAGUGAUAUGCCACACAAUCUCGCAGAACCAACUCAAGAGAAGGGCAACAGAGAAAUGCCUGAAGCAGCCAGCAUAUCGGAAGAUAGAAGAAAGCUUCUGAGAGAAAGGCUGAAAAGCAGAAAGAUGAUGCUGCCUAUGGUUCGGAGAAGCUGGAGGCAGAAAGUCAACAAGGCUGAAGACUCCUCAAGGAUUCCCACCAUACGCUUUCAAUCCUUGGUUGAAAAUGGCAAUUUACAAGUUUCUAAGUCUAAUGAGACCACAGCAGACUCUCAAGAUCCUGAGCAUCUGUCCAAAGUAUCUUCUACUUUGAAUUAUAUGUCCGUUAUAAAGAAGGCACACUUUCCACAAAUUCAAUGCAGUACAGAUAUUCAGUCCACCAAUGAUACUAAAAAGGCUUUAGCAAGGUUUAAAUUUUCUCAAAAUGAUGGAAAGCUGACUCAAAUAAUUAGAGAGAAUGAAUACAAAGCCCUUCGCAGGGAAAAGAUGAUGAAGUCGGAUUUGUCCUUGCUAAACAAUGGGAAAAGUGAGAGAGACAGUGCUUCAUUGAUGAACCAAUGGGUAUCUGAGCUCAAGUUCCAUAGCAGUGUUGGAACCAGCUUACCAAUUUCCAAUGCAGGAAGGAGUGGUAGGCUCCAUAAGGAUUCUGCUCACUGGUUUGAUUCGAAUGAUGUUGAGAAGAUAAAACUGUUGACUAAUGGUUCAGUGAUUGCAAAGGCGCGGAUACCAGGACACGGACAAGUAAUGAAAGUUUGCCUUGGCCUUCAAUCCCCCAUUGAUGGCUUCAUGGAGUGUUGUCAACAAGGAAUGUGUGGUCUGAUAAAACGACCCAGCGACCUCAAUGAAAUCAUAGCUUUCCAUCUGGACAGGGUGCUGGGUCUAAACCGGAGUCUCCCUGUUGUAGCCAGAACAUUUUGUGAUGGUCUGCUGCCGUACAAGUUCACGAAUGGAGUUGUUAGGCCGGUUGUUUGGUGGGAUGCAGACAUUCAACACGUGGACGAUCCCAACAAUGACCAAAAUUCAUUUGUACUGAGCUGGUCUCAGUACCAGGCAAUGCUGCGACAGGGAUGCGACACUAACAAGGCUCAUGGAAACCACGCUGUGCCCUGCCUCGGUGUGAAACGGUCUGAGUGGGGCAGGCUAGCUCUCUUUGAUUUCCUCUUGCAGGUUCACGAUCGCCUGGAUCGACAUUGUUGCGGUUUUAAACCAGAAAUCUCAGAGCCCUGUGUGGAGGAUCUGCUGCAUGGGAAAUGCAGCAACCUUAAGGAGCAACUCCUUGUCCAUAUCCUGAUUCGAAAAGGCAAUCCAUCUCAGCUUGUCUACAUAGACAAUGCAGCAAGGCUUCUGCAGGCUAAAGAUAAUCUCAACUUCAGACUGCUGGAGGGCAUUGAUGAGUUUCCUGCACACGCAGUCAAACUCAUGCAGACCGGUUGCUUACGGAGCAGAUUGCUGAAAUCAUUGCAUAUGGACAGGGAGUUCUGGGACAGCCACAAUGGGAUCAAAGGGCUGAAGAAGUUGGUUCAGGUCAUAGAAAAAAGGGCUCAGAUCCUGCUCAACUACAUCCAGGAGAAAGACAUCAAAUUAGUUCACGACUAAUGAGAAGGUAGCACAUCUGCAGUGAUGUGCAACUCCAAUUGUUUGAAACCAGAGUAGGAAAACUUAACCUGGGAAUUAAUUGCAUCAUUCUUAUGUUCAACUCAUGAUGGGGAGUCCUGCAACAAGCAGAUCUCAAAUUCGUCAUUUGCAGUACAUUUGCUGCAAUGGACCUGAUUACACUGACUGUUCAUCAAGAUUUCUCCAGGGCAUGCGGCAGAAAACCACAUAUAUCUCCACAAGCAAAAUACUGCAGAUGCUGGAAAUCUGAAAUGGGAACCGAAAACGGAAAUGCUCAGCAGAUCAGAGGACAAUAAUUUUCCUGCUUUUGUGCAACCUGGCACAUCCCUCCUAGAUAGGGACAUUAAAUUAUUUUGGGCAUUAAAGCUAAGGUUCCAUUGUCAGGUGGGAAAGAAAUUUGGGUCUUGGGGAGCGAAAAUAAAACUAAACAGGCUGUUAGUCAAAGAUUAUUAUUAAAAUUUGCUAUUGAUUUUGACAUUUCUGCAAACCACCUUAAACCUGUCUGAGAAGCAGAAAGAUCCUAAUGCAUUAAGUAUGAUAUUUUUUCAAUCAUUUCAGAGACCUCCUGCUCCUGCCUCUAGCAGAGUUAUUGACAAUUAUGUCCCUUUUUCUCUUGCUUGGCCUCUCUGCGAAAACUACGUCAGCCUCUUCCUACAAUGAUGGGACCUGAACUAGAACUUCUGGAGGAGCAGAGCUCUCAGCUCUUGACCAUCCAGCUCCUUGCAACGGAAAUUAUCUCAAUGUGCUUGGUCAAGAUUACUGCAGCCUUUACAUUUAAUUCUUAGCUCUAUUAUUUUUCUAGGUAAUGGUUAGAUCACGUUUUUUUUUAAUCCAGAUCUUUUAAAGCCUUAUUGUAGGUGUGGUCUCAAUUGUUACCCGUCUCACUGCCAGGCGUCUGAUACACAAUGAGGCAAGGAUCGGAUGCAAGAGCGCCCAACACUUUUUGUUGCCGUUCAUUCACAGGGGAAGAAGUCUCAUCCAGACUUGAAGGCCAAGAGAAUUCAGCCGCACCAGAAUGCAGGGACAAGAGAGGCAAUUCUGCUGCAAGCCCCAGUUUCAGCUUUUUGAUACAGUGCCUGACGUUUCCUUCAGGUUUUCAUUAUUGUUGGAGAGUUUUAAAAUUAAAAUAGUCGACAGAUUUUAA